CAUAUCAUUAGCUACCCUUCUUCUUCUUUCUCUCCCAUUUUUUUUUCUUUGUAUUAUAAAUUCUUGAAAAUAUAGAGAAUCGUAUAUAAACACAAUACAUAUAAUAUAUCAUAAUCUUUGUCAAUUUGUCGAAAUUUCCUCAACCAGAUAGCCUAUUAUGGCGGACCGAAAUCCAUUCCUUCCGGUCUCUGAAACAUCAGACCAUUCCACCACCUACACUUAUCUCCCUGAUGGCGAUUCUCCGGCCACCACCCACCGCCGCCAGCACUCCAAGAAAAUUCUCUUGACGGUCUUUUCUGGGUUGUUCUUGGUUUUAUUAUACGUUGCUUUGGUCGAUUUAAACGAUAACCAAACCAAAAACAGUAUUAUUCAACAAGAUAUUCAAAAUGUAGUGCCAUUAACGUCGACUAUCUCUGAAGAGACGGCGAAACCUGAGAUUUUGCGACCGGUGUCUCGUGGUGUCGCCGCCGGUGUGUCGGAGAAGGCAAACUUGAUUUCUAGCAGUCCAAAAACGCAGGCAUAUCCAUGGAAUAAUAGCAUGUUAUCAUGGCAGAGAACUGCUUUCCAUUUCCAACCUGAAAAGAACUGGAUGAACGAUCCUAAUGGUCCAUUGUUUUACAAAGGGUGGUACCAUUUCUUCUACCAGUACAAUCCAAAUGCUGCAGUUUGGGGUGACAUAGUAUGGGGUCAUGCUGUCUCAAAAGAUUUAAUCCACUGGCUCCACCUUCCAUUAGCUAUGGUUGUUGAUCAAUGGUAUGACCAAGGUGGCGUCUGGACCGGCUCUGCCACGAUCCUGCAAGACGGUAAAAUUGUCAUGCUAUACACCGGAUCCACCAACGAAUCAGUUCAGGUUCAGAAUCUCGCGUACCCUGCUGACCACAACGAUCCACUCCUCUUAAAUUGGGUCAAGUAUGCGGGCAACCCGGUUCUAGUCCCACCACCAGGGAUCAAGAGCUUGGACUUUCGCGAUCCAACGACUGCUUGGUUGACUUCAGAAGGGAAAUGGAGGUUCACUAUAGGGUCCAAAGUUAAUAGAAGUGGCAUAGCUUUGAUUUAUGACACAGAAGAUUUUAUAAAUUACGAAUUGAAAUCAGGGAUACUUCAUGGUGUUGAUGGUACUGGUAUGUGGGAGUGUGUAGACUUUUAUCCUGUGUCCGAAACGAGGGCCAGUGGAUUGGAUACAUCUGUUAAUGGUCCUCAAGUGAAGCAUGUGCUUAAAACAAGCCUUGAUGAUGAUAGACAUGAUUAUUAUGCACUUGGAAGUUAUGAUGAGAAGAAUGUGAAAUGGUUUCCUGAUAAUCCUGAGAUUGAUGCUGGUAUUGGGCUUAGGUAUGAUUAUGGUAUAUUUUAUGCUUCCAAGACAUUUUAUGAUCAGCAUAAGGGGAGAAGAGUUUUGUGGGGUUGGAUUGGUGAGUCUGAUAGUGAAUCUGCUGAUGUCAAGAAAGGAUGGGCAUCUCUUCAGGGCAUUCCAAGGACAAUUUUAUUGGACACAAAAACUCGCACCAACUUGCUUCAAUGGCCUGUUGAAGAGAUAGAGAGUUUAAGAUUAAGAAGCGACGAAUUCAACAACAUUGAGGUCAAGCCAGGGUCAACGGUGCACCUUGACAUUGAAGCAGCAACUCAGUUAGAUAUCACAGCAGAGUUCGAUUUAGACACAACAGUUUUGGAGAAUGCAGCUGCGUCCAACGAAGAGUUCAGCUGCCGAACAAGUAGUGGAGCUGCUCACCGCAACGCAUUAGGACCAUUCGGUCUUUUGAUUCUUGCAGAUGAGAGCCUUGCCGAGCAGACUCCUGUGUACUUCUAUGUUAUAAAAGGAAACAAUGGAACUCUGAAAACGUUCUUCUGCACAGACCAACAUAGGUCAUCAGUUGCAAAUGAUGUAAACAAACAAAUCUAUGGAAACAUUGUCCCAGUCCUAAAGGGUGAAAAAUUCUCCCUCAGGAUUUUGGUGGAUCAUUCGAUAAUCGAAAGCUUUGCACAAGGUGGUAGGACAUGCAUAACCUCCAGGGUUUAUCCGACACGCGCAAUUUACGGAGGCGCCAAGCUGUUCUUAUUCAACAAUGCCAUGAUGGCUAAUGUUAAAGCUUCAGUUAAGAUAUGGCAAAUGAAUUCUGCAUUUAUUCGCCCUUAUCCCAAUUUGCGGCAUACUGAAAGUGAUCAUUUCAAGCCUACUUAAUUUGGUUCAGCCUGUAUCAUAAUUCUUUUUUUCUUUUUGUUGCUUCUUUGAUAUUGUAAUUUUUGCCUGGUUCUUUAGUUUUUUUUCAUUUCGGUAUUUAGAUUAUGAGAAUGGUUUUAUUGAUGAAAAAGCAUAAAAUGGAAAAUUGAAUGUCAUUAUUUUUCAGGGAAUUUUAAAUGUCCUCAUUUCACCAUAUUA